UGUCUCCAUCAAUUCGCCACCAUGCCUCCACACUACAUACAGUUGGGACUUUUCCUCCUUGUCUCCCUGCACAACACUGCUAGCAGAUGCUGUGGUGCAACCGCAAAUGACGUCCACACUCUCACGGCAGGCCAAGCGGUCGACAAGCUCGUCUCAAGGAAUGGCAAAUUCGCGCUCGGCUUCUUCACAUCCGGAUCCAGCACUACUACUAGUAAGUCCUCCUCUGCAGACAACACUACUACAGCACCCAACUGGUACCUAGGCAUAUGGUUCAACAAGAUCCCGGAUUUUACUCCAGUGUGGAUUGCUAAUCGUGACGAGCCAAUCACUCACCCAGCUGACCUCAAGCUCCAAAUUUCUAGAGAUGGCAACCUUGUCGUCCUAGAUCACAUUGGGGCAGCUGGAACACCACUUUGGUCCACUGAAAUUAUCAAUGCUGCAUCCAAAAACAGCAGCAACAACACCGUUGCUGUUGCUGUGCUCAGCAACAAUGGGAACCUGGUCAUACGCCAUGCCUCAGACCCAUCUCAGCAGGUGUGGUGGCAGAGCUUUGACUACCCAACUGAUGUCUUUCUCCCUGGAUCCAAGCUUGGUAGGAACAAGGUCACUGGUUUGAAUCGGGUAUUCAUCUCAAAGAAGAACCGCAUCAACCCGGGCAGCGGGUCAUACUGUGUUGGGGUAGACUCCAGAUUUAAUCAGGGGAUCAUCCUUAGCCACUGCUCCUCAUCCGUAGUGUAUUGGGCAUCCGGGACAUUCUCUCACCAAAAUGUAGAUCCCAGCGAUACCGGCUUGACCAGCUACAACCAAGUUGAUAACAAUCAAGAGCAAUACUACAUAUAUUCCACACCGAAUGAUGAAUCACUUUCUAUAUACACUUUGAUAGAGAUUUCUGGUCAGAUAAAGGCUCAUGUUUGGAAUGAAAGCCUACAGCGCUGGCACCAAUUCUACACCCAACCCAUGGACCCAUGUAGUGUCCAAGCUGCUUGUGGACCUUUCACAAUCUGCACCAACAACAACGCAAACCUGUUGUGUGAUUGUAUGAAGGGAUUCUCUGUCAAGUCACCUGCGGAAUGGGAUCUUGACGAUACAACGGGAGGUUGUAUGAGAAAUAAUCCACUAGAUUGCACAACAGACAAAUUCUUGCCCGUACCUGGUGUCACAUUGGCCUAUAACCCUUUACACAUGGAAGUGAUGCCUGAUGCUAGUGGCUGUGCGCAAGCUUGUGCCAAUGACUGCUCUUGCACUGCUUAUUCCUAUAGUACUAGCACAGGGUGCUCUAUCUGGCGUGCAGAAUUGCUCAAUACUGUGGCUAGUACCACUGCUGGAGAGAUUCUCUACCUUCGCGUUGCCGCCAAGGAUUACUUGGAUAUCUUGAGAGAGAACAAAAGAUCUGUUGGAGUAGUUACUGCUGCAAGCAUUGCGGGUUCCGGGACAAUAAUGAUGCUCAUACUUGUAAUAUUGUUCAUUAUUUGGAGGAGAAAACAGGAGUAUGGUUUGCCAUCAAGUAACACCCAAGAUUGUGUUGGGAUUAGAACCUUCAGAUAUAGUUAUUUACGUUAUGCUACAAAACAAUUCUCUGAAAGACUAGGAGGGGGUGGAUUUGGUUCUGUAUACAAAGGGCUUCUAAUUGACUCGGCCAUCACUAUAGCAGUCAAAAGAUUGGAUGGGGCACGUCAGGGAGAGAAGCAAUUCAGGGCUGAGGUGAGUUCCAUAGGUUUGAUCCAGCAUAUCAACCUGGUAAAAUUAAUUGGUUUCUGUUGUGAAAGUGACAAGAGGUUACUAGUGUAUGAGCACAUGUCCAAUGGCUCUCUUGAUGUUCAUCUGUUUAACAGUAAAGAUAUUGGUCUAGAUUGGAGCACAAGGUACCAUAUUGCCACAGGAGUUGCAAGAGGAUUGUCCUACUUGCAUGAGGGUUGCCGUGAAUGCAUCAUACACUGUGAUAUUAAGCCAGAGAAUAUACUUCUGGAUGCAUCAUUUGUUCCUAAAGUUGCAGAUUUUGGGAUGGCAACAAUUGUAGGAAGGGAUUUUAGCCGUGUUCUGACCACAUUUAGAGGAACUGUAGGCUAUCUUGCCCCAGAAUGGAUAAGUGGAGAAGCUAUUACUCAAAAAGUCGAUGUCUUUAGCUUUGGAAUGGUACUACUAGAAAUUGUAUCAGGAAGGAGAAAUUUACCUAAAGCACACACUUCUGACAAUUAUCACACUUCUUAUUUCCCUAUGCAAGCCAUCACCAUGCUUCAUGGCGGAGAUAUGAAUAGUUUGGUAGAUCCACUACUAUGUGGUGAGUUUAACUUGGAAGAGGCUAUAAGAGUAUGCAAGGUUGCGUUUUGGUGUAUACAAGACAGUGAGUUUGAUCGUCCCACAAUGGGUGAUGUGGUUCGGGCGCUUGAGGGUCUACAGGAGCUUGAUAUGCCCCCGGUGCCAAGACAACUUUCAGCUAUCACAAAAUGCUAGCUUUGAUGCAACUUGGAAACAUUAGCUUUGUUUCUACAUGUCUUUUUGUUUCUCUAUUUUUGUUCGCUAGCAAUGUUACACAAUAACUGUACCAAAGCAUCAUGUGAUGCGAAUAUCUG